ACAAUGUCUAUUACACUACAGGACUUCAUUGAGGGUGCAUGCAGUCCAGCACGCUAUGAAGCCGAUCUUAGCAUCAACCUCGAGAUUUGCGAGAUGAUUAACAAGAAACAAGGCAACACACCUAGAGAAGCAGCCAUGUGUAUUGUUCGUCUUGUUAACAGCAAGAAUGUAAACCAGGCUAUACUCGCCCUCACUUUGCUCGAUAACUGCGUCAAGAACUGCGGUUAUCCUUUCCACCUCCAGAUUGCAACCAAAGAAUUUCUUAAUGAACUUGUUCGUCGUUUUCCUGAACGACCAGCCCCAUUCCCAAGUCCUGUCGUACAGCGUAUUCUGUAUCUCAUCAAGGAAUGGAAAGUUGCUCUUACAGACAUGUCACGCCAUAAGGAUGAUUUAGUCCACAUUAAGGAUAUGUACAGGCUCUUACGGUACAAAGGCUAUAGAUUCCCUGAAUUAAGAGAGUCUUCUAUUGCUGCCCUUGCACCUUCUCAAUCUCUCAAGUCAGCCCAGGAGCUGGAAGAAGAAGAUCGAGUGGCCCAAUCUGCGAAAUUGCAGGAACUUAUUCGCCGUGGAAGACCCCAGGACUUGGUUGAAGCCAAUCAUUUGAUGAAGAUCAUGUCUGGUUAUGACCAGAGACAGAAGCCAAACUACAAGUUGAAGUUUGAAGAGGAGCUCCACAGAAUCCAAGGUCAGGCAAUUCUGCUUUAUGAGAUGCUGGAAAAUGCUCGACCAGAAGAUAAAUUGGAUAGGGAUCAAACAGUCGUUGUAAGCAAAUGA